AUGAAGCUGAAACAAAGCGUCUGUUUAGUUGUGAAGAGGGCCUUCAGGUUUGGGGAAGAUUUUCUAAGAGUGAAGUUUUGUUUUUCCUCUGAAGGUUUUCCAGUCCCUGCAAGGUGGUUAUGCAUGCUAUGCCUCCACAUAGUCUUCAUCUUCGAGACUAUUGGGGUACCCUGCAGAGGCAACUAUAACCUAAUAGAUUUAAUCUUUAGGUUAAGUGAGCCCCACCAGAAAAUUCAAGAGGAUGCAUUUUGGUUUGGCCUUAAAGCAUUUGCACUCUGGCGUAAAAGAAUCUAG